AUGGCAAAGCAAAAGCAGAAAGAGUCUCAAGUUGAAGAGGAAGAAGAAGAAACUAAUCAAGAAGAAGAAACCGAGGCUUGUGCUGAUUCAGAUGAGCAAAGUUGGAGCCUUAUCGACAAACUUCAAGAGGUUGGAAUUGGUGCAGCCGAUAUUAAAAAGUUGAAGGAGGCUGGAAUUUACACUGUGGAAUCAAUCAUGAUGAGAACACGUAAAAAGUUGUGUGCCAUCAAGGGGUUGAGUGAAGCUAAAGUUGACAAGAUUUUGGAAGCAACAUCAAAGAUUAGUUUUAGUGGAUUCUCAAGAGUUAAGCAAUGCGACUCUAUGAACUUUUGGUAA